AUGCCAAAAUCAACAUCACCGUCAUCAUCAACAACGCUCGCUCUCUUCCGCAGCCUCCUCCGCGAAGCCUCCUACCUCCCGCCAGUAUGUCGCCCCUUCGUAGCCGACCAGAUCCGCACACGCUUCAGGGCGCACAUGCACGACAAGAGCAGCCACAAGUCCGCCCUCACAUUGUCACGCAUCAGCCGCGCCCGCCAUAACCUCCGCCUCCUGCACGCUGCCAACAUGGGCCACAUGGAGACUAUGCGCCGCGUCCUGAUGUUGUCCUUUGGGCGCAUAGGCAAGAGACGGCGGGUGCUCAUGUCGAGGUUCCUGGCCAAACCUCCGCCUGCCGACUCGGACGAGCUGGCGAGGCAGAUCCGCGAGGAGGCUGAAGGCCCGCAGGGGCCAGGUCGAGAAGCACCAGCAGGAGGGCCGAAACAGGGGAGGCAGCUGAAGCGAGACUGGCUGGACAACUGGGACCUGCCAAAGCUCCACGCACUGGCCGCAAGCCAGGCCAAGAGGAGCUUCUGGAGCCCCAAACCCUCCAUCAAGGGAAACAAGCUGAACCCACAGGAGGCCAUCCCCGAACUGAACAUAUGGGGCCGCCCAUUGGCUGCGAGGCUGCGCAGGAGCAAGAUGCGCAAGUGGUACAAGGCCCAGGUCAACCGCCUCAUGCCGCCCGUCGGUAGGGGCGAGUGGGAAAUGCUGCGCCACCUGGCCGCGGGUACGGCCGACCGGAACCUCUGGGAGAUGCCCACGAGACGGCCCCAGGGUUUGCCGGUGUAUCAAGGAGGCAGGCCUGAAGAAGAAGGAUACGACAGCAAACAACAGAGCGGCGGCGGCGGCGGCAAGUGGGACUGGAAGGAGUUCGCCACGCACCCGGUCAGGCACAUCGAGAGGGGGAGCUCGAGAUCCAUGAAGGUACGGACCGGCGAGCAGGGGGAGGCUCCGUACGGGCUGGGCGCACCCAUAGGCGUACACUCCUACAAGCGUGCGAGGUUCUGGACGAGACUGUACAGCAAGAUAUGGGAGAUGACCCCGACCAUGACCAAGGUGGAAGACCAGCCGGGCCGGUGGCAUGUCGAGUGGGGACGUGUCGAGAAGAAGACCCCCGUCGCGACGGCCAACCAGGCAGCCUUCUUCAAGGACGCUAUCGCCAAGAGACCCAAGAAGCCAAGAAGACAAAUUGCGAAAGAGAAAUAA